UUAGUUGAGUAAAGAAAUAAAAUCCAGUGUGACCCCACGAAAAUAUUAUAUACCAACAAUACGCUGAAUUACGGACCGAGCUUAAGAUACCCUUGUGGUAAAUUCAACAAGGCAACACUGAUUGCCAUACGGAAAAGUGUUGGGAGUUUCAAAAAACAAGGAAAAUGCGAAAGUACCAACAACUGGCCCUUUUGCUCAUAUCCUGCUUCAGCGUGGGCAUCCUGUUGAUGUACAAGACCGAGAACAAUCGCCUCAAAUAUGUGUUAAAGUAUGUGAACUUCUUUGGACGCAAUGAUGCCGCCGCCUUGCGUCGUCUGCAGAAUGGAACUGGCUCCGAAGAUGAACACCACUGGUCCAAGUCGGUGUUCUCCAAGCCGCUGCCAGUUUGGCAGCUGAUUGGGGACUCUUUUCAUGCUUACUCUGCUUACUGGAAACGGAAUGAGCUGGUCGCUGGCGGAGAGGCGCACAUUAUCGUUGUGGGUAGGCAGGGAGCCGUUGUCGACUUUCGCUGCAGCUUUGAUGUGGGCGGACGAAGUGUGCAGGGCAAGUUUCGAUUCCAACGGGAUGCCUCCGAGGGCGUGGUCGAUGACAAGGGCACUACAUUCACCAACUACAAUUUCUUCUGUCAAGUCAGCCGCAAUUUUGGCCAGCCCGAGUAUGUCUCCUUCAGCGAUACGACGUCGCCAACGAAACGGCAGGUCAAGUUACGACUGCGACACUUAAAACCUGUGGCGACCGACAGCAAAGCGACAGACACCAAAGCGACAACAGCUUCAACUGUGCAUCAUGUUCAUCCCCUGCCGGCAACUAUCUGCGUUGAUUUGGUCAGCUUUAAUUUGAGCUCGCGAUUUGCACGCAACACGGAUGCACUGCUGCAAUUCUUUAUCUUCCACCAAGCACUGGGUGUCGAGCACUUUUUGGUCUACAACUACGAUGAGCUGCCGGAACAGGUUGUACGCCUUUUGGACAACACCAAUAUGCAUAUCUAUGGACUUCCCUUCAACUUUCCGUUCCUGCAAACAAAUACGACAGCUGCUCGCAUCCGACAGCUACUCCAAUCGGAUUGUCUGUUGCGCAAUGUGAACUAUGCCAGCUUCACCAUGUUGCUGACACCCAAUGAGCUGGUGUUUCCAAGUACACGAUUCGCUGGUGGCAUGGCGAAGGGUUCGCUGCAACAGCAGUUGCGUCACUACUCAACGGAGACAUCCCGUUUCGAGCUGGCCACUUUUGCUGUGUGCUUUGACGAGCAGAAGAAGUUGCUCAUUGACAACGUUCAGUAUGAUCCCGAAGUGAAGGCACUCUACAAGUUGCUCCUGUAUCGUUUGGAACUGCCGGCGGCACAGCUACUACUGCCAACGGCGACGAGCGUUGAACUGCCAUUGUCCAGUGGCUUUGCGCAUCGCUACAUAGACUGCCAGCAUGUGGGAGGAGAUGGCCUCCACGAUUGGCGCAAUGGUGUGCGCCAAGAUCUGAUGGACCAUAUCAAUGUAUUGCGCAACGAGGUUGAUCUACUCAUUUAAAUGUUACGUCUAGGAUAAGUAGGCAUCCAAGUUAGAUUAAGCACGACUCGACUAGACUGCCAUAAAAGCAACCAGCAUUAGCCUUGCACGACAACUUGCCUCCAGCGGACAAGAUUUAUAUAUUGUAAUAUAAUAAAUAGACAAUUAUUUAUCAUCGAAUUGGCAAUACAAAUUAUUAUCGAAUGCCAUUUGAAUGCACCAUA